UACUGAGAGAAUCUUUCUGUGGACUAAGCAGUGUUACCAGCAGGUGAGGUCUUAUUUUGCCGCUCUUACGGAGUGCCCCCGCGAGCUGGGCUGACUGAGAGAAGAAAAGGGAGCUCGUGACAAGGUUUGUGUCCUUUGACUCACUGCGAUAUCGACUCAUUUACAGUCCCGCUUCCCCUGCUUCGGGAUAUUGAAACAGCUGGAUCGGUUCUCCAGGAGUGUCGCUCUUUCGCUACCUCGGUCAGUGUCGCUUUCUCGGGUCGCUUUGAGUGCCGUGUCGCUCCCCACACUUCCCCGUGGGGAAAGAUGAUGGGUUUUCUGCGCAGGACGUUUAGCCGUCGAUCACGGAGGCACUUUCGGACGUCAGACGAGCUCGACGAGAAUGGGAGAGGCGGAAAUACGGUCCUCCAGGCGCACCAGCAGCAGGUGAUCCAUGCACCAGCUGUGGUGACCGGAGGUGCCGUGGUCCACAUCCCAGCCGCAGGGGAUAGCAAAGCGCCCAUCGCUUGCAGAGUUCUGCUGCUGGACGGCUCUGAUAUCUGUGUGGAAUUGCCGAAACAUGCAAAGGGACAGGACCUGUUUGAUCAGAUUAUGUAUCAUCUGGACCUAGUGGAGGCAGAUUACUUUGGGCUGCAAUUCAUGGACACUGAGCAGACUGCGCACUGGCUGGAUGUGACCAAGCCCAUAAAGAAACAGAUCAGCAGUGGACUUCCAUAUAGGUUAUUUUUUAGGGUAAAGUUCUACUCCUCUGAACCCAACAAACUCCACGAAGAAUUCACUAGGUAUCUCUUUGUUCUGCAGCUCAGACAAGAUAUUCUGUCCGGCAAGUUAAAGUGCCCAUAUGAUAUAUCUGUGGAACUUGGAGCUUAUUGCCUACAGAGUGAACUGGGUGACUGUGAUCCGUUGGAACACACUCCAAUGUUGGUGUCAGAAUUUCGUUUUUCACCCAAACAGACAGAGAUUAUGGAGGCUGACAUCUUUCGCAAAUGGGCGGAGUGCAGGGGAAUGAGCCCAUCACAAGCUGAGCUGAAUUUUCUGAAUAAAUGCAAAUGGCUGGAGAUGUAUGGAGUGGACAUGCACUUUGUUAAGGGACGAGACGGGGGAGAGUAUGCGCUGGGUCUGACACCCACUGGAAUACUGGUGUUUGAGAGAUCCAGCAAAAUUGGUCUUUUCUUCUGGCCUAAAAUCACGCGCUUGGACUUUAAGAAGAAUAGACUGACACUAGUAGUUGUGGAAGAUGAUGAUCAGGGCAGGGAACAGGAGCACACCUUUGUGUUUCAGCUGUCCAGUGCCAGAGUGUGUAAGGAGCUGUGGAAAUGUGCGGUGGAGAGCCACGCCUUCUUCCGCCUCAGACAGCCCACACACAGCAAGACCAGCCGCAGCGACUUCACACGCCUGGGAUCCCGCUUCCGCUUUAGUGGGAAAACGGAGUACCAGGCCACUCAUGGAGGCAGACUCAGGAGAGCCAGUACCUUUGAAAGACGGCCCAGUAAAAGAUACCCAUCCAGAACCCAGUCAAUGGGUAAGGCCAUCACCCCAGCAAAACACCCUCAUCUAAGUGCCCAGACCACGCCCGACCAGAGUUUACAGCCGUACGCACAUAACAUUCCCAUUGGGCAAGACCCUUGGCCCAGGACACACCCACCCAGCUUAACUCCGCCUCUUUAUGUACAGCCCACUGAACUGGGACACACUCCUCCACCUCACAGUUUCCCCCUGAGCACUGCAGACACCCAGCGCUUUAGUAUGGAAGAGAACGAGGCUCCGCUUUCUGGAAAGAUCCACCGCUGCCACCGUCACCAUGGAUACGACAACCAAGAGGCACUCUGCCACACGCUGACCAAACCUAAGCCUUGGCCUUUGACUACAGGACACACAGAUGAGUUGGACCGGGCCCUGCGUGGUCAGAACCAGCUGGAACCAGAUCCUGUCCCCUGGCCAGCGCUGCAUAUCAAUAUUGAUACGGCGGAGGAGAAGCCCCUGUCUGAAAAGAGUCUGCCGUCCUCUCCGUCCGGCCUGCAGGACCAGCUGAAGAGCAACAUUCUGCGAAAUGCCAUGCAGAACGAGAGCGGGACAUCAAAAGGCAACUCUUCUAGCGGAGAGCAGAAUGACAGGUAUCCCAGCUCCUCUCAGGAUUCUGUUUCCAGCAGCCUCAACACAGAGAGACCCAGAGUCAACAGACGCAAACGGCUGGUCCGCCAGUACAGCUUUAACCAUAGUGAUGAGGACGACUUACCCGAAGCCCUCGCAGCCAUAUCCUCUGAGAGCAGUAUGGGAAAAUCAACAUCCAACAGCUCAUUGGACAAACAGAUCCAGCCGCCCAUCUACCCUCCACAGAUGGAUGUUCCUCGGUUGGAGCGUUGUGAUAAUUCCCCUGUGUUCUAUCAAAGCCCUGUACCUCAUUUACUACCUUAUGGUGCAGAAAGUUCUGAAGACCUGAAGAUGGAAAGAGAGAAACUUCUAAGGGCGUUACUCAUGACCGAACUCUGA